AUGAGCAGAAGAACUGAUGGAGGAAACGAACUGAAGCUUGACUUGAAACUCAACUUAUCCCCACAGAGAACUCAAUGGCCGGUGACGGAAUCACCCAAUCGGUCGUCACCGAUCACUGUAUCUCCGACGAACUCAUGUGUGUCAUUGGAGCUUGCUCAAGAUGAGAUGGAGCUUCGGUACUCAAGCAGCCCGGAGACAACGUCCAUGAUGCUGGCCGGAUGUCCUCGCUGUCUGAUGUACGUUAUGCUUGCUCAGGAUUUCCCGAAGUGCCCUAAAUGCAAGAGCACAGUUCUGCUUGAUGUUGUUCUUGACAAACCGAUCAAAAAAUGA